UAAGACAAUGACAGAUCUGUUAGCACCUCUACUAUGGUUCUUAUUAUAUUCCUAUGCCAAAAUAAUCUUACGUGGACUUUGUUAUAUAAGGGGUAGUGGAUAAGUGUAAGCUCUCCUUCUUCUCAAGUAUCACUCAAAGGCUCAAUGUUGUCACUUUCGUAGCACUCAUUUAAGGGAAAAAUACUUGUUGUUAGUCAUCAACUUUAUCCCACAUUGUAUAUUGUUUCCUUGACAUUAUGGUGGUAUUUCAAUUUUAAUAUUUUUUAUUAUCAUUUUGAAAAGAAGACGAAUAUUUUUCAAAUCAGAAAAGAACAAUAAAAAGUGCCUGGUGUACAAAUUUAGCGUAAACCGAGACUUUACCACACGAAGCGACCGAAUCUAACCGAAGCGGCCCAAAAUUCAUGAGUGUCAACUAAAUUUAUUGUGUAUGUAAAAUUUUGCAAAUCGGAAUUAAGAAAUUUUUUAUUUACGAAACAAACGAGCAAGCUGUUAAAAGAGAACGAAGAAAGUUGCGAUAAAGAAAGGCGUAAACACUUACACGAUUAACAUUAACAGUUAGGCAACGCUAAAAUGUCGUAUCAAAUAAAAUCGACACCAUUUUUUCGACGGAUGGUUAGUACAAGUAAAAAGAAUGGCCAAUUGCAGCGCUUAAAGGAGGAAUACGAGCGCAUCAAAGAUUUCAACGACCGCACGAUUGAAAUGAAAAUGCGACAAGUGCGCCUGAAGCGUCUGUUUCGCGAAAUCGAAGAGAUCAAAGAGUCAUCGUCGCAAUGGAAACGACGACGUGUGGCUCCCAUAGAUCGCCUGCGUACGAACGAGGAGAUACGCGUCGAGAACUUGGUGAAGGCCAAAGAGCUUGGCAAAGAGUAUUCGAAAAUGAAUGCGUUGGUUGAUCGUUGUUCGUCGCGUCUCGAUGCUGUGGCAUCGGGUGCCGCCGUCGGCAGUAUAUCAUCGCGCUUAGAAUUGGAACGUAAAGCGCGUUCGGAUAAACGCAUCAGUUACGGUAACGAUCGUUCACGUAUGAAUAUACAAAAAAUCUCAACAACUCAACGUAAAUCAAAUACUAAGACCUUGAUCAGCGCGGAGCAAGAACUUAAGGAGUUGAAAGAUAAACUCAAGAAUCGCCUUCAAUUCGGUAAUUCGUGUUCCAGUCGCAAUCUAUCAAGAAAACUUAAAAAAGAUGGCCACCGUAAGGCCACUGAAGGUAAAUCCUUGAUCGAAUUUGGCAAACUUACGGAACAUGAGACAUUGCAAUGCAAGUACACACGUGAUGCUGGCGGCCUAGAAAUGCCAUCGAUGGCAUUUAACAACACAUCGCGCCAUACUAAGACCUUUGAAGAUAUGCAUACAAUUCGUGCGCUUGAUAAUUCCAAAAUGUCGGACUUGUCGCCCAAAAAUGAUGAGGAUCGACGUAUACGUGCGAGACAACGUUGGCACAAACUAGCGCUACUAGUGCGUCAUCGUUUCGAUACUUUCUUAAGACGUAAUGCGCCACCGCCAUUACGUGAUAACAGCGAAACCGGUUCGGAGGAAUAUUCGUUGCGCGCAAUAUCGAAUGACACCGAUUUACCGCUUAGCCAGUUGCGUAACAAAGCUUCGCCACCGAAUUCCGAAGCCGAGCUUCUACCCGGUGAAGUACUAUUAAGCGUUGAAUCGCUCGAUCCAUUGGAGUCGCAACCGCUGACGGACCCCAGUACACUUACGGCAGGUAAUUCAUUAUGUGACGAGGCUAGCAAUGCAGCAGACGAACGUCGCAAAGUGCAGACAUAUGUGAAAAUAUUGGAACCGUUUUUACGCGACGCCGGCAAGAAGGCUGUAGAGCUUAGUGUUGAGGAGCUCCGUAGCAUUUUCGAACAUCGCAGCGCCGAGUAGUUGAACUUCGAACGUCGCGUUCCACAUAUUUUCGUGCACAUACAUACAUAUAUACAUAUAUACAAGUAUUGUUACGCUGGAAAAAAGCGUGCGUUCACUAUGUUUCGAUGGCGUAAAACUUAAUUUUUUCCUUUCUAAAUGAAACUUCUGGUCUUUCGCAGUUUGGCACAUGUCCUCAUUCCUGGUUUAUCAUGCUAAGUUACAAUGUUAGUGCAUUUGAAUUUAGUGCUAUUUUCUCAACAAGUGUUCAGCUAGACAUGCCGUCGUCGUUCAUUCCAAAUAGACUCAGUCCAAUUGGCUUCCAUUGUACCGCAGCACACAGUUCAUUAAAAAUUUUAGGUCGUAAUAAAAGAUAUAACAAAAACAAUUAAAAAAUUA